AGUACAAAAUGCAGAGCAUAUCGUCGCUUCUGUUCACGAAACGCAUCAAGGUGCGAGAGAAAAAUAUGAAAUCUAUGGGUUGUUGGGUGCCUUCCGGAACUUUUGUCUUCGAGUAUCUUCGUGUUAAUGAAAAACUCUACAGAUAUAAUUUUUUAUGGCCGGAUCAGAGCACAACGUUGAAGUUUUUCGGUCGGUCAUUGUUUUUGCUGAGCCUACUCACUUAUCAGAUACCACAGUUUAUGCAUUCAGCUAUUAAUUAUCAGCAACAGAAAAUAACCAUUCAUUCGGCGAUAGAAAAUUUAUUAGGCACCUUUUUAACCUUUAACUUAUUUAUAAGAUAUGUUUUACACAUGCAGCAUCAAGAGACGUUCAAAUAUAUUCACGUUGUUCUCACCAAACAUUUGAGCGACUGCGACAAUUACCAAGAAAAACUUGUAAUGGAAAGAAUAUUCUCGUCGAAGACCAGGCACCUACAGAAAAUCAUGAUUUUCUUCUGGACACUUCUCUCGAUGUUUAUCUUAGUGUCAGCGCCUAUUCCUGCUUUGAUAAACGCCAUCACCAAGAAAGAGACUCUGACGAAACAGCUGUGCUUCCCCGCCGAGUACUUCGUCGACUUUGACUCAUACUUCUGGCUGCUGUAUAUCCACCAACUGAUCUGCAUAUUCUUCCAAUGUCUGACGGCCAAUGCCUUCGACAUAACUUACGCGAAUAACGCGCACUACAUAGCAGCCAUGUUCGGCGUGAUCAGCUAUCGAUUGAAUCGAUUGAAUAGAUUCACGAGGAAUCCUCAGCUGACGAGUCGACAGAGAGACGAGUACAUCGGCCGAGAGCUACUGGAAAUCAUUGACAAACAUAAUCGAGUGAUCGACGUGACCGCCAAAAUUAACCGCGCCUACGCACCUAUGAAGAUGUUCUCGCUGAUGGCCAUGCUGAUGCUCAUCGGCGAGGUGGGUUUCAUGCUGGCCAUUGACUUUGGUAACGUCAUGACCCACAUGCGCUUCUUCAUUGCCCUGGCUGGACUCUUGCUUUAUCUGCGCUUCAUUUGCUGGCCCGGCCAAACCCUCAUCGACGCCAGUUUGUCCGUUUUUUAUUCCAGCUACAUGAACGACUGGUACCUGUUCACGCCGAAGCUGCGCUACCUGGUGCGAGGCAUAAUGUGGCGAGCCUCGAAGCCAUGCGUCAUCACCGCGGGUCCCUUCGCCGUCAUCAGUUCCGAGACCUUCUAUUGGGUCAUUAAAUCCUCGUACUCGUACAUGUCUUUUCUCAUGAAAAUGGACGGAGAGAGCUUCUAAUAAUGAUAUUUUACACGUGGGCUUCCGCCGUUGGAUCCACUGCUCAUCGUACGAUCCAGCCCACGUGACAGCCAUAAAGGUGAGUCUGGCACAUCCAGCUGUAAUAUAAUUUUCUAAUCUUACGCGUGUGAAAAACGCGAGACUCGAGAGCCAUGUAUAGAGAUGAUUUGGAAAUUUACCGCUUCGCGCCGACGCACUGGGGGCUUGGCAGCCCGCGAUGCAUACGUGUUUAGCGGCACACAUGCACAAUCACUACACAGACGCAGGC